GGGAUUACGUUACAGAUGCGGGAGUGGAUGUAUAAAGACUUGGACGUGACCAGUGAAUUUUAGAAUUGUUUAUAUCAACUGAUAAACGGUACGAUUUGAAAAUUAGUUUUUACACAUUGUGAUUCAAGGGGAUUUUUGAGCAAAUGGCGGCGUUGCGAAGCCGUUGUUUUUUCGUUCCACGGGUGGCAGGAUUCGUACGAGCUUCGCUCCUCGCACCGAACACAAAAACUACAAGUAACCCGAACUUAUUCGCUAUUUAUGCCGUCAAAAAACAGGAAAACUAUUCUACAAAACCAUGCUAUAGUAAGGAAUCUGUCGGAGAGCCGCUGUUUUACUUGAGGAAGCUUAUGGCCGAGAAAAACAUUCAACUGUUUGACGUGCGAAAUCCAGAGGAAGUAUUUGAAGAUGGUAAAAUACCUGGCGCUGUGAAUAUACCGCUUACUGACUUUGAGUCUGCAUUCGCACUGUCACCUGUGGUGUUUGAAUUUGUCUACCGAGCACCCAUGCCAAAGAAAUCAGACAACAACAUUGUCAUCCACUGCAUAUCAGGAGAACAUGCCCAAGAAGCUAUAGACAUACUAAAGGAGAAUGGAUUCACAGGGGAGCACUAUUUCACAGGCAGUUGGGAUGAAUGGCAAGAAGCCUUAAGAAAAGACACCGAGUCAGCCUCUUGUUGAACUAACUGUACAUACAAAUUAUAGAGAUGUCAAAGACAACUCUACUUCCUAUUUAUCUAUCAAAUUUGAAUAGUUGUAGAUAAAAAAGUAUAUAGAAGAGAUGAAUCAAAGAAAGCCAAAUGGUAGUUUUUUUUAAAAGCCAUGAAACGAAAAGAAGUAUGUAGCUGAUUCAGCAGACGCCUGAAAACCGUUUUUCUUUCCUCCCCUUGACACAAACUGGUAAGCAAAGCUGAGAGAAAAAAAAAACUGGAAACUCUCUGAAAAAAAAAGAUGUUUGAAUAAACCAAAACUGAGCAUGAAUAAUUAGGGGUUUAAAUGGCGAUUAUGACAGCAUCAAAGUUAAUGGACAGUAUGACUUCUUAAAAUGACAGGAAAUUGUAGAAAUGAAAUACAGAUGUUAUGAUCACUGUAAAAUACCAUAGGUAUUGUUGCACCCCUUUUAAGCGCAUCACCCAUUUUGCCAGAGGUUUAGAAUAAAGUAUUAAUUUAUUGUC